UAUUGUACGUCUUUUUCUUUAUGUCAUGCAAGUAAAGUUCUAUUGUGUGAUUCAGACAUAUAUAAUAUCAAAAAUAAGAUAAAUUUGCUGUGUUUCCUGUACCGUACUUCUAUAUUCGAUUCAUUUUUAAGUUUCUUUUUUAGAAAUUAAUCAAAUUAACUAAAUAAAAUGUCCACUCCUGCACGUCGACGCCUUAUGAGAGAUUUCAAACGGUUGCAAGAAGAUCCUCCUACUGGUGUAAGUGGGGCUCCCACAGACAAUAACAUUAUGAUAUGGAAUGCUGUUAUAUUUGGGCCACACGAUACACCAUUCGAAGAUGGCACUUUUAAGUUGACUAUUGAAUUUACAGAGGAAUAUCCAAAUAAACCACCAACUGUUCGUUUCGUUAGUCAUAUGUUUCAUCCUAACGUUUAUGCGGACGGAGGAAUAUGUUUAGACAUAUUACAAAAUAGGUGGAGUCCUACUUAUGAUGUUUCCGCUAUUUUAACUUCUAUUCAAUCUUUACUUAGUGACCCUAAUCCAAAUUCACCAGCAAAUUCAAUGGCGGCGCAGCUGUACAAAGAAAAUCGACGAGAAUACGAAAAACGAGUAAAAGCAUGCGUCGAGCAAAGCUUCAUUGAUUAGUUUCUAGCCAAGACACAAGAGAUUAAUGCUUUAAAAAAAUAAGGGCUACACAAAUUUAUCUAUGUUUGCAGAGCCGUUUCUAGAUUGGACUUUUUUGUGGUUGAAAAAAUUCUUACCUUAGAAAAUUCUAGGACUUAUUUCUAUUUAAUUUGGCGUUUUUAUAUAAUAUACUUACUUUGAUAUGCUAUGGGCUACUAUUGGUUAACUAACUAAACUGUGUUUUUUGGUAUUUCCAACAUAUUUUAUUUUAAUACUGUUUAUGAUCAGGAUCUAAAUGGUACAGUGCCUUGUUUGAAAUAGCUAAAUUUUCCAAAAUAUAUUUCAAUUGUAAGGAAUUAAAAUGUUUUCGUAUUUUUCAUCAAGCCCAUAAAUAUUUAUUAAAAUAAUUUAUGCUCGAAAAGUAAUGUUUUUUUGAAUAUUUUUUUCUUUGUUGUUUUUAGUUUAUGUAUACUUCAGAAGUUUUGGCCAUUUUACACUUCCGUACUGCCUACCCUUCAUUAGUAGUUAUGUGUUAUAUAAUAAAUUACUAUACUUAAUAAAUUAUUACAAUUA